CUCACACAUACACACAGCAUCCAUACACCAAUUAUCCCGUUUAAGCUCCCAUCAUUUGAUAUCUUGUCAGUAGCAAAUAAAGUGUAUGCUGUACAGUGGCCUUGAUGAUGCAAUAAGGAGUACGGUGCAGUACAAAACUGGGGCAAUUGAGCGUUCAUUAUUACAAAUCAUGCCGCCAACAGUAGAUCUCAGUUCUGAUAUAUUGCAACCAGUUCCCUUAGAAGAAUGGCCGUCACUUCAAAGUCUUUUAAAAUCCAAUUGGCCCACUUAUUCAAUGUACUAUUAUUGGAUUCAAAAUGCUACAAAAUGGAGGAAGCUGAAUCCAGACUUCCCGCUAGAAAUCUACUCUCCCAAUGGAAAGUACAAUGAAGAUGCGACUUUUGUUGGAAUAUCAAGCUAUGCAAUGAGCAGCGUGGUCAUCUUUACAAAAGAGCUUUCUGGGAAAAGAUUGUACGAGGCAUUAGUAAAGACGAAACGUUUCAACUACAGCAAGGCAGUUACAUUUAGUGGUGUUCACGAAUAUAUCCAGCCUAUUCUAUUUUCUGCAUUAGCUACACUUCGUACUAAUGAAGGAAUCGAAAUAGAAUUAGAAGUACCAGGCUGUUUUCGUAUAAAGUCUGCCGAGGAUUGUGCAAAUGUGGAAAUAAAGGUGCCAGAGGAAUGUUACUUAGCAGAUCUGGAUACAUCUCAUCUUCCUCUGAUGAACGCUGUGUGGCCACACAGAGAUAAAGAAAAUCCAGAAAAUUCGAUCAAAUUCCUCGAGCCAAUGGUAACGCUAAAUAAAAGUGUCGGACUGUUUUUAAAAGAAGGUGAUAUUUUGGUUUCGUGGGCUUUGCAUUCCGAUUGGCAUGGUCUGGGGACGGUACAGACCCUAGACCGUUAUAGAAGAAGAGGCUACGCUAAAGUAGUGAUUAAUGCCUUGGCUAAACAACUGGGAAACCAAGGAAUAUCGCCCAUUCUAUCUGUGGUUACUGGUAACUCACCUUCGGAAAAUAUGUUCACUUCUCUCAAUUGGAAACCAACUCACUCGUCGAUAUUGGUAUCAACAAAAAAAUGUUCCCCAAGCGUCAAUUGAAACAUCUUUCAGUUGGGGUUUUCCUGCCAUCUAAUUUCGUCUACAAAUAUAUCUACGAUUACUAAAAUUGUGGAAAUAUGUAAUGCAGAAAUGCAGCCUAGGAAACAAUUUUUUUUCUAUUUCAUUAUAAUAUUCUUUUUAUAACGAUACAAUUAUUACUUGGUUGACAGUUUAUAGAUCGUUAGAAAUUAUUGAAAGUUUAAUCUGAUGUUAUUUUACUUUUCAUAUGUAUUCCAUUCGCUUAAUAUAUUUUGAAUAAUACAAAUUUCAUUACUUAUAUAAUGAUGAUACAGAGGUAGAAGAAUGAAUGUUACCAUGAUUUAUUUGUUAUAAUGAAAGAAAAAGAAAAAAGAAAAAUUGUCUCGUCUAAAAAUUAUCAGAUUUAUAACUUCUUGCUGAGACCAAUUUAUAACUUGAAUUAUUGAAAUGCACGAGGAGCAGGAUUGACAUACUCUCCGCAUGAUUGCAUAAUACCUAUAUCAGCCACAAAUGUGUAAUGUAAUAAAGAUAAUGGCAGAUACUGAGUGGGCUGUCCAUGUUUCAGUUAACAUUGAGGGGGAGGUGUUAAAUUUACGUUGCAGUACUAACAAUCAAUGUUAGUGAAAUCUCCAGUCAUACUUUCACUUACAAAUUAAUAUUUCUAGGAUUGCUCAUUAAUUUUUAAGUACGGGAAUGUAACAUCAGAUGCAUAAUAAUUUCCUCGUGUGUCAGAUAGAUUCGCGCUUGAGGUAAAUAAAGCCAAUCAACUGGGAUCAAAUAAAUGAUGUAAUUACUAAA